UGUUAGGUUGUUGUGCGCAGUGCUCGAAGGCUGUAGCAGGAGCGAAGCUGAGCGUAGCCGAGUAACGAGCGGCGUAGCGCGUCGAGUGUAGACACGAGUGGAGUACGGAGUGGCAGUGGCUUGUGGCCGUAGUGGCCCAGCCCAGAGGCCCCAGUCAGUCUGUGGCAUUCCUUGUUGCAGUCGGGUCACGUAACGAGUAGCCGAGCUCCUGCGAGCCGCUCCGUCCGCGUCGUCAAGUUAGCGCUCGAUUUGGCCGUUUAAAGGGGGAAGAUAGGACGCCGCGACCAGGACGGCAUCGCUGAGAGUUCGGAGGAAGGGCCGCGCGCCGCCUCUGGCCCUCGUCCCGAGUGCUUUUCUCUCAUUUCGUCCUCUCGUGGGGCGAGCGAGGGAGGAGGAAUAGGAGGAGGAGGAGGUGGUGUUGGUGGCGGUGAAGAGGGAGGAAGAGUGACAAGGGCUUGGGAAGGGUUGGAGUUACGAGCUUACGCUGACAGGGUGGUGGCAAGUGGCGAGAGGACGAACGAACGGAGAUCCUUUUGAUCGCGUUAGUGUGACUCUGGCGGGCGUCGCGCCAGCGCGCCUCCAUAUAUACCUUCUUUCCUGCAGCUCUAAACAUCUUGGAGAGGAAUAAUCAAAGGUAAAAAUAAAGAUGCCGGAAGAACGGAAAGCCAGUUUUGGUCCAAUGGAAACGGUGACGGAAAAUGGAACGAGUUCGCCAAACAAGAGUCCUCUCAAUAAGGGUAAAUUAGUCCUUGCGAGGGUCACUCUCUUGGAUGGUAGUAUUAAAGACUUUAAUAUCGAAAGAAAGGCCAAAGGUCAAGAACUUUUAGAGAGAGUGUGUCAAAGCAUGAAUCUUCUUGAAAAGGAUUAUUUUGGAUUAAUUUACGAAGAUAAAUAUGAUCCAAGAAAUUGGCUGGACUUACAAAGGAGAAUCUCAAAGUUCCUCAAAAGCGAACCAUGGAAAUUCAAUUUCGAAGUGAAGUUCUAUCCAACCGAUCCAGCUCAAUUACAAGAAGAUAUUACACGUUAUCAGUUGUGCCUGCAAAUUAGAAAUGAUAUAAUCACCGGUCGAUUACCUUGUUCUUUUGUCACGCACGCUCUUCUUGGUUCUUAUCUAGUACAAUCGGAAGUUGGUGAUUAUGAUUCGGAAGAACACGGUAAAACUUAUUUGAGAGAUUUCAAAUUUGCUCCAAAUCAAACUCCGGAAUUAGUUGAGAAGGUGAUGGAUCUCCACAAAACACACAAAGGUCAGACACCUGCAGAAGCCGAAUUACAUUACCUUGAGAAUGCAAAGAAACUAGCAAUGUAUGGCAUUGACCUUCAUCCAGCUAAAGAUUCCGAAGGUGUAGAUAUUACUCUAGGAGUUUGUUCGACUGGUUUAUCGGUUUACAGGGAUAGGCUUAGAAUCAACAGGUUCGCAUGGCCAAAGAUUUUAAAGAUAUCCUACAAAAGGCAUAAUUUCUACAUCAAAAUUAGACCUGGCGAGUUUGAGCAGUUUGAGUCAACUAUUGGAUUUAAAUUAGGGAAUCAUAGGGCGGCCAAGAAACUUUGGAAAACAUGCGUCGAGCAUCAUACAUUCUUUAGGCUCAUGAGCCCCGAGCCUGUAAAGAAAGUUGGACUAUUGCCUCAUUUAGGAUCGAAUUUCCGAUAUUCGGGUCGAACGCAUUACGAAACGAAGAAGACGCCGAUCGAACGACAACCUCCGAAAUUUGAAAGAUUCCUCAGCGGACGAAGAUUAACGUCACGAAGUAUGGAUACCUUAGGUGCAUCGAAUACGCUUGAACCUUAUAGUUCGGAGCCGAGUAAGAGACACACAAUGAGUUAUGAACCGGAAGCGUUACCGGCGAUGGAGCACAUUGAUCAAAGACCAAGUCCCAUUAAAAAGCAUAAGGAAAAGCUCACGCGAAAAACAAGCGCCGGAACUACGUCGGCCAGCAGUGCAAGUAGCCUGGAGGGAGAAUACGAUGCUGACGGAAAGAAACCGGUCGGAGGGAUUGCGGUCCUACCGCCCGGUGGUAUUUCCAAGAAGAAGAAGGACAUUAAAAAUGAAAAUGAAAAGGAAAACCAUAAUGAUCUCAACAAAUCCGAUGUAAUAAAUGAGAGCUCGCAACUCGAGAGCAUUGACGAAAAGUUUUCGCCCGCGAAAAAGGAUUUGAAAAAGAAAGAUAAGAAAAGCGAAAAGACACCCGUCAAGUCUGACAAACCAGAGAAGGAAAAGAGAGAAAGGGUCAAGAGUCCAGUCAGUGGUUUUGGACUGUUCAGUAAGCGAGACAAGGACGACAAGCAGAAGAAACAAAAUAAAAACAAGGAGCUUAAUGACUCAAAGGACAAAGGCGAUCUCGAGUCGGACUUGUCCAUCUCCGAAAAGCUUAAAAAGAGUCCCGAUGACGAGAAGUCUGACGCUGAAAAGACGAUACCGAGCGACCCGGACAAAUUAGCUUUCACCAAGCCAUACGAGUACGAGGAACGCGAGAGCUCACCAACGAAAAAACGCUUCACGCCACAGGGUUUCAGCUACGAGGACAAGUCAGCUACGGCCAAACCGCGGGACCAGCAAUCACCGACCUCCGGUAGUAAAAAAGCUACCGGCCUAGCUUUUAAUUACGCUCCCGGGGAAAAGAAAAACGUGGAGGAGCAAGCCGAGAAAAGAAAGACGAAAGAGCCCGAGGAGAAGUCGGGGCCAAUCGCCGGGGCAAAUUUGCCACCUUCAAGCCUCAAAACGCCGGGUAUAAAUUACGUCGAAUCCGCGAGAUUAAAGGAGCAACAGAAGGGUCUCGGUCAGCCGACUGUCGCCCCGUCCGUAGUGACGAAACCCCUCGUUCAACCGCCAGCGCCGCCCACGACAGUCCCGGGUAAAGACGCCAAGAACGCCUCGGCGUUACUUAUUAAAAACGAGUCGCGGAGCCAGCCAUCCCCCCCGCCUCCGGCUUUGGCUGCUAUUGACAAAUCCGCCACGGAUUCGUAUUACCACGUGCUACCACUGCCCGAUGGCUCUCAAGUAAUCGGAGGGCUCGUCUUUACCAAGGACGGCAAGGCCCUCGAUCAGAGCAAUCUUGGUCCGGAUGGUGCUCGCGUCGUAGACGGCAAACUCUGCUCCAAGGACGGAAAGCCCAUUAGAAAAGCCGAUUUUGGACCUCAGGGUACGCACAUUAGCAAUGGUAUCGUUACGGGGAAGGACGGCAAGCCCGUGUAUCAAGAGUUCCUCGGCACCGACGACAAUUCCAUAAAGAACGGAAUCCUUUACGGUGCGGAUGGACGACCUCUUAAUCGACGCGCCCUCGGGCCCGAUCACUCGCUCGUAAAGGAUGGCAAGAUCGUGUCUAAGAACGGCAAGCCUCUGCAGUACAACAAACUCGGCGCUGAUGGCACGUACGUAAAGGAGGGCCUGAUAUUUGCUCAGGACGGUAGACCGCUGACUCAGGGCUCGUACAGCGCCGAUGGUAAUUACAUAGUCGGCGGAGUCGUCUGCAAGGGCGAUGGCAAGCCCCUCGAGCAGAUCGCUCUGUUGCCCGACUCGACCUACAUUAACGAUGGCUUGAUCUAUGGCCGAGAUGGCAAACCCCUUGCCAGUGGGGAUCUCGGCCACGAAGGCCACUACAUUACCGAGGGCAAAGUGUACGCCAAGGACGGCAAGCCCGUGAAGCAGGUGAGCUUCAGUUCCGACGGCUCGAUAAUCAAGGAUGGCUUGUUGUACGGCAAGGAUGGCAGGCUCUUGAACCAAGGCUCGCUGUUGCCUAGUGGUGGCCACUUGUUGCACGGCAAGAUCGUUGGAAAAGACGGGAAGUCCAUUAAGCACGCGUUUUACAAGCCCGACGGGAGCUUCGUCAAAGACGGCGUGAUAUACGCCAAGGAUGGACGGACACUGAAUCAGAUACCGUUGAUAGUGGAGGGGGCGUACGUUAAGGCCGGGAUGCUGUACGACCGGAACGGCGAGCCGUUGAAUCAAACUAUCUUCAAGCCCGACGAGACGAGCAUUAAGGAUGGCGUGAUCAUCGAUUCGAGGGGCUUGCCCCUUAAGCAGGGAAGCCUCGGUCACGAUGGCCUGACGAUUAAGGAUGGCACGAUCGUUGACAGAGAGGGUAAGCCGGCGAAGCAGGAGCCCCUCGGCUCGAACGGCAAUUACGCUAAGAAGGGUCUCGCUCACACCAAAUCCGGAAAGCUACUUAAUCAGGACUCGCUAAUGCCGGAAGGUAUGAUGAUCAAAGAUGGCAAGAUACAGACGAGAGAUGGCAAGCCCAUCAAGUUGGCGUUCUUCAGGCCCGAUGGUAGCUACGUGAAGGACGGUCUGCUUUAUGGUCAGGAUGGCAAGCUCCUGAAUCUCUGCUCCAGCCUCCCGGAGGACAGCUACAUUGCUAACGGCGUAAUAUUUAGCCACUCGGGGCAGCCGCUGGAUCGCGAUGUUUUUGGCUCGGAUGGCUCUUACGUGGCCGGUGGACUGGUGCACGAUAAAGACGGCAGAAUCGUCGUCGAGGGCGCAUUCGGGCCCGAUGGCAAUAAGAUCAGGCACGGCCUUAUCAUUGGGAGAGACGGGAAGUUGCUGACGCAGGACGAUAACGGGCCGGACGGCUUGGCCAUCAAAGACGGCAAGAUCGUGGACUCGCAGGGCCAACCGAAGAACCAAGCGUCGCUAUUACCCGAUGGUUGUUACAUAAGAAACGGCGUCGUCUACGACGUAAACGAGCGACCGCUAAGACAGGGCGCCUUCCGAACCAACGAGACUUACGUGAGGGACGGCUUGAUUUACGGAUGGGGCGGUCAGCUACUGAACGCGGGCACGGGUUUGCCAAUCGGAUAUUACGUACACGAGGGGCGCCUCUAUGGGAAAGACGAGCAGCCACUGAAUCACAGCUCGUUCGGCACCGAGGACGGCUACAUUCAAAACGGCUUCAUCUACGGCAAGAGCAUGAAGCCGCUGAGGCGAGGAACGUUUACCGACGAUGGCAGCUACAUCCAAGGGGGCUCGAUCUACGGGCCCGACCGUAAGCCCCUCAAUAAAAAAUUGACGACUCUCGUCAACAUAUACUAUCGAUACGGGCUCGUAUGCGACAAGGAUGGCAAGCCCGUGAAGGAGGCGAUAUUCAACGACGGCGGCACGACCAUUAAGAACGGAAGGAUUUACGAUCGGAGCGGACGAACCUUGACGCAGACUCGUGCCAAUCCUGACGGGACCAUCGCCAAGAACGGCCUAAUGCUGAGCCCCGAUAGGAAGCCGCUUUUACGGGGGCCUCUGGGCCCCGAGACAUCCUACGUAAAGAGCGGCAGGGUGUACGACGAGAGAGGCCAGCCACUCACGCAGGAGGCGUUCGGGCCCGAAGGCUUGAAGGUCCUUCAGGGUGUCGUGGUAGACGAGGCCGGCAAGCCCUUGAAGAGCGGAGCCUUUGACGGCGAGGGCAGCCUCGUGAAGGACGGGAUAGUGUUGUCGGCACUGGGCAAGCCUCUCGACAAACAUUACACGACCGUGGUCGUGACACUCGUGAAAAAGGGUUUGAUAUGCAACAGAGCCGGCGUACCUUUGGCAAACGGCACGCUCCCGGACGACGAAGGCGGCGGCUACAUUAAGGACGGCAAGAUUUAUGAAAAGAGCGGAAAGCUGAGAAGCCAAGAGCCCCACGACGACACUGGCGUAUUCAUAAAGAACGGGGUGCUGUACGCAAGCGGUGGUCAACCGCUCGAUAAAGAGAAUGUCAAUUUAGGCGAUUUCAAGGGCACGGCGACGAAACUGAACGUACCGAAGCUAAAGAAGACGGCGAUGCCCGUCAGCGCGCCGACGAUCGUCAAGUCAACGACGAAGCAGUCGAUGAUUAAGGAUCAAGAGGGUGUGAGGCAAAACGUCGAGCAAAGGGUCGAGGACCUGACACCUGGUGGAACUGGACAGGUUACCGUUUCAACGCAUACCAACAAGGCUGAGGCACCUACCGAUGGUACAACACCAUACAUAUCGGCAACAGCGGUGACAACACGCACAGCCACGAUGCACGAGGAUCUCGAAAAGAACCAAAAGACAAGUCAGGUCGAAGAAAAGACCGUAGCGCAUACAACAGCAACAAGCGCUACCAGGCAGGAACAACGCACCGUGACACAGGAAGUCAGGACUACGAGUCACGUGCUCUCCGGAGAACAGCUGUUUUCACGACGCCUCAGUACAUCGAGUUCAAGCAGUUGCGAUUCCGGAACACCGAUUGAUCUCGAUGACGAUCAACAGGCUUUCUGCAAUCAAUAUUACCAGGGAGAUCCAGCUGGUGUAGUCGCGACUGAAACGCAGAUCUACACGGGCGAACCUGAGAAUAAUGUGACGGCAACAACAACAGUACCAUUAGUAGGGACAGAAUCGAGGAAAGUGGCAAUAGAAAGCGAAGAUGGCAAUUAUAGCGCAAGUGGCGAAAUCGUUAGUUCGCAAACGAUUUCCAGUAAAACUCGUACAGUUGAAACGAUCACAUAUAAAACGGAACGAGAUGGAGUUGUUGAAACGCGAGUUGAACAAAAAAUAACGAUACAAUCGGACGGAGAUCCAGUUGACCAUGACAAAGCUCUCGCGGAAGCUAUUCAGCAAGCAACUGCAAUGAACCCAGACAUGACUGUUGAGAAAAUCGAAAUUCAACAGCAAACAGCACAGUAAUCUUGUAAAUUUAGAGAAUGUGGGGUACCCUAUCUAUUAAUUAAACGAGUCUUAAUUUCUAAGACUAAAAAUGUACUAUCAA